UCUUCCUUGUUUUGUGAAUGUUUGUGUCUUCGCUCGGGCUUCCAUAUUCACUGGACUCGAUGAGAACAACAAUAUUAUGGAUCCGGAUAUGGAGGACAAAACUCUGGAGCUGAUGUGUUCUUUGCCUCGCUCUGUCUGGCUGGGUUGUUCUUCAGUGGCAGAGAGUCUGUGUGCUCUCAGAUGCCUGCAGAGUCUCCCCACCUCCCGAGUUCACAACCAGAGCAUAACAAUGAUGGAGUCACAGAACCACACAGAUGAUGUCUCAACAAUGAAAACGACAGUACUCAAGUUGGGGAACGGUUCAGUCCGGGGUUUGAGGAAGAGAUCGUCUCAGGAGAACUUCGAGAAGGAGAAAGAUCUGUGUAUGCAGGUGUUUGAUCAGUGGUCUGAAUCGGAUCAGGUGGAGUUUGUGGAACAUCUGAUCGCACGCAUGUGCCAUUACCAACACGGCCAUAUAAACUCUUACCUGAAACCCAUGUUACAGAGAGACUUCAUCACCUCGCUGCCAGCUCAGGGUCUGGAUCACAUAGCGGAGAACAUCCUCUCAUUUUUGGACGCUCGCUCUCUGUGCUCCGCGGAGCUCGUGUGUCGGGAGUGGCAGCGCGUCAUUUCAGACGGAAUGCUCUGGAAGAAACUCAUCGAGAGGAUGGUGCGCACGGAUCCGCUGUGGAAAGGCCUGUCAGAGCGACAUCAGUGGGAGAAAUAUUUAUUUAAGAACCGAACCAACGAGGUUCCGCCCAAUUCAUACUAUCAUUCACUCUAUCCCAAAAUUAUACAGGACAUCGAGACGAUCGAAGCGAACUGGCGUUGUGGCCGUCACAAUCUUCAGCGGAUUCAGUGUCGAUCCGAGAACAGUAAAGGAGUUUACUGCCUUCAGUACGACGACGAGAAGAUCAUCAGCGGCCUGCGAGACAACUCCAUCAAAGUCUGGGAUAAGCAGUCCCUCGACUGUUUGAAGGUUCUUACGGGACACACCGGAUCAGUUCUGUGUCUGCAGUAUGAUGAGAGAGUCAUAGUGACGGGAUCUUCUGAUUCUACUGUCAGGGUAUGGGAUGUUGGUUCUGGAGAAGUUCUAAACACUCUGAUCCAUCAUAACGAGGCAGUUCUGCACCUGCGGUUUUGUAACGGGCUUAUGGUCACGUGUUCUAAAGAUCGCUCCAUCGGCGUGUGGGACAUGGCAUCCGCUACCGACAUCAGUCUGCGGCGCGUGCUCGUGGGUCACCGCGCUGCCGUUAACGUGGUCGACUUUGACGACAAAUACAUCGUGUCUGCAUCUGGAGACAGAACUAUAAAAGUGUGGAGCACCAGCACGUGUGAGUUUGUGCGCACUCUGAACGGUCAUAAGCGAGGUAUCGCAUGUCUGCAGUACAGAGACAGACUCGUGGUCAGCGGCUCUUCAGACAACACUAUCAGACUGUGGGACAUUGAGUGUGGUGCGUGUCUGCGGGUUUUGGAGGGUCAUGAGGAGCUCGUGCGCUGCAUCAAAUUUGAUAACAAGCGGAUUGUGAGCGGAGCAUAUGAUGGGAAAAUUAAAGUUUGGGAUUUACAGGCUGCUUUGGAUCCUCGAGCCCCUGCCAGCACAUUAUGUCUGCGUACACUCGUGGAGCAUUCUGGGCGUGUGUUCCGGCUGCAGUUUGAUGAGUUCCAGAUUAUUAGCAGUUCCCAUGACGACACAAUCCUUAUAUGGGACUUCCUGAAUGACUCCACCAAUUGACAGUCGGAUGGGCAGUCGCCCUCACGGACCUACACAUACAUCUCAAGAUAGCAGGUGCCUCUUCCAUGUGCCGGCGUGUCGAGCUGAGAGCUGAUUGGUCCUUGGCCGUGUCCGUCACAGAAUGGUGUCCAGUGGUCUGCCGCCUCUUUCUGUCUGGCCAAAUAACCUUAAAAACACAAACUGUCGCAUAUUCCUGCUUUUGCCCAACACGAAACACACAUUCGAUUACGCAACACACCCAAACAUGGCAAACAUACUUGGGCAUGUACACGGACAGAAAAGACUUUUACUGCUGCACGAGAGAGACGGAUUCGUGAAAUCUCCGGAUGGUAAAAAUGAAACAGAGUGUUGAAGGGUGUUAAUGGCCUUUUCUGCCCUCAACACCUCUCUUCAGGACCCAGGACACACUCCUUUUUCAGGAUGCCAUUGCGUUGUUUCGGCAUGCAUGUGAGGGUUAUUUGCGUGACUGUCUGCUCUGAUGCCUCUUUAUAUUUUGUGUCUCGUCUUUGUUGAUUUGUUUCAUUAUUUCAUUAGAAUUCUUGUAAACAGGAUUGUCUUGUCUGAUUGUGUUGUAUAUUAAAAAAAGAGAUUUUUAAGAAACAAAAUAUUGUGAAUAAAGUACUUGCCCAUGUGCAUGACCAUUGAGUGUGUUUCUGGCC